UUAAAACACAAAACAUGUCAGAAAAAAGUUUUAAAAUUUAACAUAAUAUCAAAUGAAAUAAUAUUUAAAUUUUUAUAUGGUCUGUUAAAAUUAAAAAUGAUAUUUAUAGUUAAAGUGGCAAAAACCGUUAGAAAUCAUUGGAAAAAAUCAAUAUUUUUCACAGGGGUACUCACUUAUGGAGUAAUAUUCACCAAAAAUUAUCUACAGACACAAGAUUUAAUGAGAAGUUAUUGUCAAAGAGCGGCUAAAUACGGCAAAGAACCAAUAUCUAUAAAUGAUAAACCUAGACAUAUAACUGUAAUUCUUAACCCCAAUGCAAAUAAACGUAAAUCAGUCGAUGAAUUUGAAAAAUACUGUGCCCCUCUUUUGCAUUUAGCGGGUAUAUCUAUUGAAGUGAAAAAGACUGAAUCAGAAGGGCAUGCUAAAACAUUAAUAGAAGAAAUUGGUGGUACAGAUGCCAUUGUCAUUGCUGGGGGUGAUGGUACCUUAUCAGAAGUAGUAACAGGAUUAUUGAGAAAAACAAAUGACAAUGCUAGUAACAUUCCAUUGGGUGUAUUACCACUUGGCAAAACAAAUACGGUAGCUACAGUUAAGUUUCCUGGUAAAACAAAGGUGGAAAGGGUUAAAGCAUUAGCUGAAGCUGCGAUGGCUGUAAUAGAGGAUACUUUCAAACCCAUAGAUGUUAUGAAAAUUGAAGUUCUCUCUAGUGAAAUACCAGAGCAGUCAAAUAAACCCAUUUAUGCAGUAGGUUCCUUGAAAUGGGGAGCAUAUAGAGAUGCUAAAGCAAAUAAAGACAGUUACUGGUACUUUGGACCAUUCAGGAAUUAUGCUACCUAUAUUUUUAAUGGGUUUAAAAAUAAACUCUCAUGGAACUGUGAGGCUCUAAUUAGUUACAGUGCUCCUUGUGAAGGUUGUUCUAAUUGCUACAGAAGAUCUGAAAAUGUAUCAAAAAAUGGGGGAUUUUUCUCUAGGUUUGUAAAAUCAGAAAAUCCUUAUGCAAAGUAUUUAUCAAUUGAAAAUCCCGAAUGUUCUAUAACCCAUGAGAAAAAAAUUUACACCUCUGAUCUUGAACUAUCGACUCUAAAUGUGAUACAAGGAUCAUCUUCAGAAACUCCAUCCAAAUUGGUAGUUGAAAUUGGACCAGAUAAUGUAGAAUACCUUGAUUUUGUAAAAAAUGGAUUUAAAUUAGAAAAAGGUGAGAAGAAAGAUGUUAGAGAAUUUAUAGAAGCAAGAACAGUUAAUAUAAAUCCAGAAAUAAAGGCACAGGAGGCUUGGUUUUCAAUUGAUAAUGAAAACUAUGAAGUUAAACCUAUUAAAGUAACAUUGUUACCAAAAAUUGUUAAUAUGUUCUAUAAAAAGGAAAAUGUAAAUGUUUAUAAUUAAAAUUAUAUAUUGUUACAAUUU